AUGUCACCAAUUACCACGUUCAUCACUUUUACUGUUCUGAUAUUAUCAAAAGUAGAAGCACAAAAUUGCGACUGUGAAGAUGACUAUGAAGCUUUGUUUUGCGCGGGAAUUUCUGGCAAUCAGGAUCAGGAAUGUUAUGUAGGUGGACAAAAGACUAAACCACUAUCACCGAAAGGUCUUCACUGUGCAAAGUCAUGCGGUACAUGUUGUGAGCUGGACCGAUUUAAAUGUGAAGAUAAGCCUGGUACGUGUCUCUGUACUGCAUGUAGUUCAAGUGUCAUGCAAAUGUAUCCAAUUCUUCACUAG